AUGACGCUGGCCUAUUAUCCGGCGGCACGUUCACUGCACCUGCAGUCCCGUUCAUUACCGCGUCGCUAUGUCCUGCUGCGUCGGUUGGGUGCAGCCGCCUGGCAGCUGGCGGUGACCUUUGGCAAACGGACCACGAUCCAUGGCCUGGAUAAGUUACUCGCAGCACGGGCCAGUCGCUGGGAGCGCUUCGUCUGGCUGUGCACGUUUGUGUGCGCCUUUUUGGGCGCCGUCUAUGUGUGUCUGAUACUCUCGCAAAGGUUUAGCGAUGGCAAAUUCCAAACUGUGGUGGAUAGCACUCGUUAUCCGGUUUAUCGCAUACCGUUUCCGGUCAUCACCAUUUGCAAUCACAAUCGCCUCAAUUGGCAACGUUUGGACCGGGCCAAGAGCCGAUUCAUGGCCAAUGUCAGCGAUGCCGUGCAACUAAAGCUGUUUGAGCGCAUUGUCAGCAGCUACGAUGAUAUGUCCUUCGGUCAUUUUGAGUCCUUUGGCCAGUUGCGCACUGAGCCCACACAUCAACUCAGCCACAUUAAUUUCAGUUUGGUCAUUGACUUUAUGUCCUGGACCUGUGAUGAGCUUCUCACCGAUUGCAAGUGGCGACAUUUUCCGUACAAUUGCUGUGAGAUCUUCUCGAUGCGACGCAGCAAGAAUGGCUUAUGCUGGGCUUUUAACUCUCUGGAAACCGUUGAGGGCAAACGCAUGCAGCUGCUAGAUCCACUGUGGCCCUGGCGCACUGGUUCCGCCGGCCCAAUGAGUGCGCUUUUCGUGCGAGUUCUCAUACAGCCGGAUAAACACUGGCCGGGACGGCGCAAUGAGAAGGGUAUCGAUGUAAUGGUCACGGAACAGUAUGUCUGGCACAAGGAUCCGUUUAGCAUACCAGCCGACACCAAAGUCGACAUCGAGCUUGACCCCACAAUUUACUUUUACGACAACGACACACGUUCCGUGAGCUCUGAUCAGCGUCAAUGUGUGUUUGAUGACGAGCACAACAGUCGGGACUUCAAAUCGUUGGUGGGUUACAUUUACAUGAUUGAGAAUUGCCAAUCGGAGUGUCAUCAGGAGUACUUGAUGCGCUACUGUAAUUGUACAAUGGACUUGCUUUUUCCGCCGGGCCAGUUUCGGUCGUGCCGCUCUCAGGACUUGUACUGCCUGGCCCAACACAAUGAUAGGUUGCUCUACUACCAUCAACCGGGCGAGGACCGUUUAGUGCGCAACAAUUAUGAGGGUAUGGAAUGUAAAUGCUUUCGCAACUGUUACUCGCUCAACUACAUCAACAGUGUGCGUCCAUCUUUUCUGCCGCCGGAAGUGGUCGGCAAUUCAUCAUAUGUGGACUUGGAUGUGCACUUCCGCUUUGAGACCAUGAUGGUCUAUCGCACUAGUUUGGUCUUUGGCUGGGUCGAUUUAAUGGUUAGUUUUGGUGGCAUUGCCGGACUCUUUUUGGGCUGCUCGCUCAUUAGCGGCAUGGAGCUGGCCUAUUUUGUGUGCGUCGAAGUGCCCGUAGUUGGCCUUCUGGGCUUGCGUCAGCGUUUCCUAGCCAAGCGACGCAUGGAUAUGUCAGUGAACACGCCCACGUUGAAACUACGAUCGGGUGUGCCCAACCAGCUGGAGCAUUACAUAAUGCAGCUAAAGACGGAGCAGGCACCACAGAAAUCGACAGCCAAAUUUCAAAACUGGCAACGCCAUACGUUCGCCCGUAAACAUGUUAUUAGCAAAUGAAUA